AUGCAGCUGGAGGGAGAAUCGGGGAGACCGACGGCUUCUGGGGUGCCCCAGCCUCCUGGCAAUGCUGCAACGACGCCAGCAGCAGCAGCAGCAGCUGCUGCUGCUGCUGCUGCUGCAUGCAGCGCUGCGCUUACGCUGUCCCAUCAAGCUGUUGCAGCUGAAACAUCGCAGCAGCUGCCUCAGCAAACGGCCGCUGAAUUCCCCAGCAGCAGUUCCGCUGCCGCAGCACCUGCUACAGGUGACCACGUAGCCUGGGUGCAGGUAGGCACAACGCAGCAGCAGCAGCACCAGCAGCAACCUGCCGUGCAAACGCAUAUCCUGAUCCAUACUUUUGCUCCUGGUGAAGCAGAUCUUGCUGCUGCGCUGCGGCGUGUUGCAGCAUCCUCUGGAGGGGGCGUUGUGCUCAAUACACUGCAGCAACAGCAGCAACAGCAAACGCAGCCACAGCAGCAGCUGCAACAACAGCAAGGCAUUUUCCUGCCCGCCGCCUAUGCAGCAUCUGUCCAGCAAGCGGCAGCAGCAGCACAGGCUGUCUCCCCCGCAGCCCUCCCAGCUUGCAUUCAUGCGUUACAGCUGCAGCAGCAACAACGGCAACAGCAGCAGCAACAGGAGCAGCACACAUAUGCAACCUUCGUGCCGUACGCUCCUUUACCUCUCCGUCACAUGCAUACAAUCGCCGACCCAUUUCAGUUGCAACGAGAGCAGCAACAUUUGCAGCAGCAGCAGCAGCAGAGACCUGCCCGCAUGCACACGAGCCCUGCUGUCCUUUCGGCCCCAUAUGGAGGCAGUGUGUUGUCGCAGACUCCACGCGCUUCUUCAGCAGCAGCAGCUGCAGCAGCAGCAGCUGCUGCUGCUGCAGCAGCUGCUGCUGCUGCUUCGGAAGUACCUAGUGCAAGUCCUGCCUCACUGCCACCACUGGCUCAGCAGGAAGUUCACGCAGAGAAGCAGCAGCAGCAGCAGCAGCCGCUAGCCACUGCAUCAACGACAUUUUUCUCCUCACAACAAGAGAUACACCAAAGAACGCCUGUCGCCUGGCUGCAGCAGCAGCAACAACAGCAGCAGCAACAACAACAAGCGCUACCGCCGCUGAAAACGCGCAGCGACUGCUGGGCCUAUAAGCCGACUCGUAGAAGCAGCAACAUUGUGUCACCAACAGGGGAAGCAGCUGCAGCAGCAGCUGCAGCAGCAGCAGCAGCUGCUGCUGCUGCUGCAAGGCCGCGUCGGCAGUCUUGGCCUCCUUCCUACGUAGCACAUGUAACACCGGCAGCACUACCAGCAGCAGCAGCAAGAACAGCAGCAGCAACAGCAGCAAGAGCAGCACCAAUUUCAUCACCAGCCGCUAUCUGGGGCCCCUCAGCGUCGAUAGCCACGCCACCCCUUCAGCAGUUGCAGCCCGUCACCACGCCGCACGAGCCGCUGCGGCCACAGUCUCCACUGGCAGCAGCAGCAGCAGCAGCAGCAGCGGCAGCAGCGGCAGCAGCAGCAGCAGCAGCUACUGGUGCAGCAGUGGAGAGCACUCCUGCUGCGUACUUAGAGGCAACUCCUACAACGCAGCAGUCAACCGCAGCCUUCGGUGCCUCACUGUCGCCUACAAUCCUGCAAGAACAGCAGCAGCAGCAGCAACAUGUGCAGCAGCAGCAGCAACGGGGACUGCCUGCAGCAGCUUCAAUAUUAGUGGGGCCGCAGUUGUGUCCUGCUGCUGCUGCUGCUCCUACCUCCGCAGCAACCCUUGGCUCAGAAACUCAUUUCCAUGUGCCUCCUGUUCUUGCUCCUGCUGCUGCUACACCUGCUGUUGCACCUGCUGUUGAUGCCUGUGCUGCAUUGGCACCGUCGCCUCUUAGACCUACUAGCCUUCAACCGUGGGAGCGUCCCAGGCGGCGCUUUCUCUCUGACCCCUCUCCCCGUGCUGCAGCAGCAGCAGCAGCAGAAGUAGAGGCACAUCCAUUCAGCCGCAGCAACGAAAGUCUGACAAAGCUACUGAGCCGUGGCAGCAGCAGCACAACUGUGCUCCCUUCAGGUGCCGUUGCGGGUACAUGGAGCCCACCUGGGGCGGAUUCGGUUGCAGCUGCUAGUGUUGCUGCUGCACGUGCCGCUGAUGUUGUCCCUCAACAGUUGCAUAUGCGGCGUAACAGCUACCCAGUCUCCCCUGCCCUGUCUGCAAUGCGUCGUCACGCUGCUGCUGCUGCUGAUGGAGCGAUGAGGGCAGCAGCAGCAGCAGCACGGGCCCGCAGUGCUGCUGAAGUUGCUGCCAGAGCGGACAGCCUAGCAGCAGCAUCAGCACUGAAGAGUCCCACAGCUUCCCGCUGCAGCAGCACACCUGCGCAUGUCUACUCUGCUUCUUCUGCGGGAUCCGCCUCUCCUGCUGCUCUUUUGCAGCUGCCGCCACUGGACCCUGCUGCUCUAUCUCCAAAACCCCUGCUGCAGCAUCAGGAGCUGUUGCAGCAGGGGCUGUUGCAGCAGCAGCGGAUGCAGCUACCAAGUUCAUCUGCGGCAAUCCCUGAGAGCCUCCGCCUGCCGACGGUUCAGCCAGUGCUGCAGGGGUCAUUGCUGAAUAGCUUUGUUGCCCAAGAAGCACUGCUGCAGCAACACCAAGAGCAGCAGCAUCAGCAAGAGCAGCAGCAGCAGCAGGAAAAUAACCUGAUAUCUUCUUCUGUAGUGAGUACCCAAUCCCCUCUAUCAACUGCCUCUCUGACACACCUGCAGACAACCACAAGUGCGCUGCAGCAGCUGCAGCAGCCCCUGCAGUCUCCUCCGCAGCAGCAUGCGUCGCCUCUUUUGCAGGAGCAACAGCAACCGCAGCAACUUCUGCUGCCUCCUUUGCCGCCGCAGCAACAGGAGGAGCUUCUGUCACAGAUGCCACAUCAGUCGCUGCAACAAUCCAUGAGCCCAUUGGUGCCGCAACCGCUGCCUGCUUCCCUCCCUUCGCCGAUACACUCCACUCUGCAACAGCAGCAGUUGCAGCAGCGUCAGACACAGCUGCAGCACCAGCCGCAGGAUGCGUUCCUUGCUACAUCUCCAGUGCACCGCAGUUCGCCGCCUCCGGGCUCUCGAAAUGCCCCAACACCACAAGGCGCACCAGCUCUGCUGCCACUGCAGCAGCGGCAGCAGCUGCAACACCAGCAACUGCAGCAGCAGCAGCAGCAGCAGACGAUAGAGACAGCUGAGCCAUUGCUUUCUUUUGACUCCGGAGGCCUCAUUACUUUUGCAGCUGAAGCCCCCGCUUCAACUGCCGGACAGCCGCAGACACUGCACGACAAGGCUCUGCAGCAGCAGAUGCUGCAGCAGCAGGUACUCCAGCAGCAGCAGAGCGUUGAAUUACCCCUUGGCUUCUCUCCUUCAAAAGCUGCUGCAGACCGAGCAGCAGUAGCUGCUGCAAGGGCAACCGCUGCUGCUAAAAAUGCCACAGCAGCAUGUGCACGGCUGCAGGAGCUGCAGCAGCAGCAGCUAGUACCUCAAGGGGUAGCGGCAGCAGCAGCAGCAGCAGCAAUGGCGGCUAAGACCGGGGCCUCAACAGCUCAGCUAGCAGCAGAGAGAGCAGCGCUUGCUGCUGCAGCAGAGGGAGCAACACUUGCUGCAGCAGCAACCAGCGCUCCUGCUGCAGUCUCUUCUUUGGUCCACAGCAACUCACUGCCUGUGGAUCUUGGGCCUUCAGCUCGCAUGCAGCAGCAGCGGAUGCGGAAGCAACAGCAGCAGCAGCAGCAGCAAACGCGCCCGGUGCGUUACAACACAAGCGGGACGGUGCAUCUCCCCCCAAGCCCGCGGCUACUAUCUCCUGUACUGCAGCAGGAGCAGCUGCAGCAGGAGCAGCUGCAGCAGGAGCAGCUGCAGCAGGAGCAGCAAUCGCCGUUUGGGCGGCAGCACAGUUUGAGCUCGGCUCUUCUCAGAAGAGCGGACAGCCUGAGUCCUAGCACUCCGAACAGGAGGCUUUUUCCUCAGGAGCAGCAGACAUUGCAGCAGCAGCAGCAGCAGCAGCAGCAGCAACUGGCACAGUUGCCGCUGCAGCAGCCGUCUCCUUUGCACCUUCGAGAGCAGCAGCUGCUGCAGGAGCAACGCAACCUGAGGCGGCAGCGUCUUCAACUGGAGAGACAGCUGGAGGAGGAGCAGCAGAAAAGAGGCACUCCCUUGGUGGGGCAUGCUGCCCCACUUCGCAACGAUGCAGCAGUACAACAGCAGCAGAAGAUUGACGAACAGCAAAAGCAAAACAAAUUGCCUACACCUACGUCAUCCUACCGAUGGAUAGAGUCGGGCCCCACACCACGCAAUGCAGCCAGUCUUAUAGGGUUCGGUGCCACUCAGCAACAGCAACAGCAGCAACAGCAGCAGCAGCGGCAGCAGCAGCAGCGGCCGGUGCACACUCUAAGCAACUGCUCGACGUCUCCCGUCCUAACGCCUGCUGGUUCUGUGGGAAUUGGCAGUUGCUCUCCCGGCUUGCUGCCGAGAACAGCAGGAGGAGCAGCAAUAUCACCUACCGCUACUGCUUCUGCUGCAGCAGCGGCUGCAGCAGUAGCUGAUGCUGCAGCAGCUGCUGCAGCAGAAGCAGUAGCAACAGCAGACCAGCACCCUCGCUCUCCACCUGCUGCUGCUUUCUUGCCACUGCAUGCACGCUUAUACUCACCAGCCAGCAGCCCCUUCAGGGCUGGGGCCCCGAUGCAUGCAGCGUAUUCCCCCAUUGACGCAAUAUCGCCAUUUAACAUGAGGCAGAGUCAGCAACGGGGACAGCAGCAGCAUCAACAGCACCACCGAUAUGCCUUUAGCGCCUGGCCCACUCAGGCAGACUCAUCAUCUCUUAGCCGCUAUUCAGCAAUUUCUCCUAACUCUGCCCCUGCUGCGCUGUUACGCAGCAGCAGCAGCAGCAGCUUCUCUACGCCGUUCAACCCACUGCAGUGCUGGAACAGCACCAGACCCCAGCAGCAAACGCAACAGUCACAGCAGCAGCAGCAGGAACAGGGAUAUGUACAGCCUGACAACUCACAGGACUGCUGCAGCCGCUGCCCCUUGUCUCCAGAUACCUUCAAUAGAACCCCGAGGGUCUCUCCGCUGAACGCAGACACACCACGCCUUGGCGGGGCGCAAGCUGGGUUGAGCCACUUUGAGAGUACCUCCUCCACACCAUGUUCCCCUAACCAGCAGCAGGAAGAGCAACAGCAGCCGGAAGAGCAGCCGCAGCAGCAACAGCAGCAGCAACGGCCAAAGCAGGAGCAACAGCAGCAGUGGCGCCGACUGCAGCCGUCUGCGUCUGCAGGCUCCUUGUCCCCUGUACAGACCUACCAGCGUGUCCCUGUUAUACUCGAUCCGCAGCUGAAAGGUACAGCAGCACCAGCUGCAGCAGAAGCAGAGGCAGCAGCAGCUGCUUCUGCAACGCCAAUUGCAGGAGCAACAGCAGGCGUCGGGAGAGACUGUCUUGACGACGGAUCGGUUGCUGCUUCUUCCGCCCUUAGGCAAGCCGAACGCGCAGCAGCAGCAGCAGAAGAUGCAGCGCAGCGUGCUGCAGCUGCUGCAGAAGCUGCUGGGCAGUCGCCUGCAGCAAACGCAGCACGGUUCAGAGCAGCGCGAGCUGCGGCAGCAGCACGAGCCGCCUUGAUUGCUGCUAAGAAGAGAGCCGCUAGUAUCAACCCGCCUUCGACGGUCCUUGCUUCUCAGCAGCAGCAGCAGCACGUGAUAGGGCACAGCAACAGCGGCGUAGCAACUCCGAGGCAUUCUUCGCCCGUCAGCUUUUGGAAGCAGAGAAGCAGCAGCAACAGCAUUAGGGGGAAAGCAGCAGCAGCCCGCAGUGAUGCAGUAGACCCCUGUGCUGUUGCUGCUGUUGCUGCUGCUGCUGCGAGUUCUGCAGCAGAUAUGGUAGAGCGGGGCAGUGCUGCUUCGCAACCAGCGCAGCACCAACAAAACUCUUUUCUGCAACAGCAGCAGCAGCAGCACAACAAUAGCGAGCCCCGCCCUUCCCGGGGGUGUGGUAGACAGCAGCAAGCCAGUGGGUGUUCUUCCCUAUCUACAGCAACAGCAGCACCAGCAGAAACAGCAGCAGCGCUUAGCCGAAGACCGGUUCGACCCAUGGUUUGUAAUUCGCACCUUGGUAAUGCAACAACCACUGCUGUCCCUGCUGCUGCUACCAAGGCUCAAGAGGCCCAGCAGCAGCAGCUACAGCAACAGCAACAGCAGCAGCAUCAGCAGCUUCAGGCAGAGCCCGGGUCCUUCACGAGGAGGGUGCUCUCUAGAAGAGGCGAUACACCGUGGGCUCAGGUGGAUGCCUUCCUUGAGGAGAAGCAGCAACAGCUGCAGCAGUAUCGACAGCAGCUGGAGCAACAGCAGCAGCAGGUGCAACCGCAACGGGCGCGCGAGCAGCAACGGCAAGUGCUGCAGCAGCUGGUGCAGCAGCACAGGCAGAGAGAGGCAGCAAAGCGAGCAGCAGAAGCAGCAAAAAAAAGGGAGGCAGAGAGACAGAGACAAAUAUCAAUGUUUGCUGCUGCUGCCUUGCAGCCUGCUACUGGUGAAGUGUAUACGACGUCACGACAGCCAGGCAGCCGCUACGCUGCUGCCGGUGCUGCCCCAGCUGGUGGUGCUUCUGCGCAUACUGCUGCUGCUGCUACUACUGCAGCAUUUGUCGCUCCAACGCAGCCAAAAAACGGCGCUGCCGCUGCUGCUGGCGAUGGAGCUGCUGCUGAAUCCAGAGCAGCAGCUGCCAGCAGCAGCGGCAGCAGCAUUGGCAGCAGCAGCAACAGCAGCAGCAGCAGCAAAUCCGCUCAGUUUACUGGGGACGCUCUUUACGGUGCGGCGCCUAGGGAAGGCUUUUCUUACCGUGUCUGUAGCCAGCAAGAGCAACCGCAGCAGCACCAGCAGCAGCACAAGCAGCAGCACAAGCAGCAUCAGAACCAUCAGAACCAGCAGAUCCAACAGAAGGAGAAACAGCAGCAACAGCAACAGGAGCAGCAUACGCUUGAGCUGUCUGCUUGGGUUAGCUUGCCUCUAUCAGCUCCUGCCUCUGCGCUCGUAGAGCCUCCCAGACAUUCUGUAGAGCAGCCGGAGCAUAGAAGAGAAAUUGCCGCAGCAGCUGCAGCAGCAGUUGCAAAUAGUGAUGUAGCAGCACACAGGUCAGGAGAUGCAGCAGCAGCAGCAGCAACAGCAACAGCAGCUGAAGAAGCUGAUCCAGAAGAAGGCAGCACCAGAAGUGUCUUCUCAUUUGAUAUAACCCCUCGUAGGACAACACAAACCCACCAACAGUCUGCAGCAUCAACACUCAUCUCGGAAGCAGCAGCAGCAGCAACAGCUCGCAGCAGCAGCAGCAAAAGCAACAGCAGCAACAGCAACAGCAGGAACAGCAGCAGCAACAACAGCAACGGCAACGGCUGGAGAAACAGCUCCAACUCUAGCUCCAGCAACAGCAACAGCAACAGUAGCAGCAACGCCCCCAACAACAGCAGCAACAACGACGAAAAUAGCUACAGCAACAGCAACGGUAAUAGCAACAGUAGCAACAGUAACAGCAACAGCAACCAUUACGAUAAUAGCUACAGCACCGGCUCCAGCAACAGUAACAGCAACAACAGCAGCAACAGUGUCAGUAGCAGCAACAAUAGCUGCAGUAUAAGCAGGAGCAGCAACACUACCGCCAACAGCAGCAGCAGCAACUGUAGCAGCAACAGGAGCACAUGUAGCAGCAGUAGCAGCAGCAGCAGCAGCAACAGCAGCACACUGGGGAUCCCCUCCUCACUGCUACCACCUCGCGUCCCCUUUACAUGGAAGACAUGCAGCAACUUGCUGCUGCAGCUGCAGCAACCAGCAGAUAACUUCUCCAUUGAUGGCGAGCUGUACAGACACUGGAAGUUGUCUCUUGUACCCACUGUAGGCGCGGCGCAAAACAGCCAACGACAACAGCGGAUGUAUAGAGGGCGCCUAAAGUCAGGACGAAAAGUGUUUGUUAAACAAGUCCCCGCUAAGGUGUGGCAGCAGCAAUGGAGGCAGCAGCAAAGAUUUCAUGGAUUGUUUCUUUGUGAUGGAGAAAAUUAUGUAGGAGAAGCUGCUGCUGCAGCAUUCCUUACACAGUACCAUCCCCAAUGCGUCGCUCCUCUGCUAGCAGUGCUGACUGACAGCAGCGCAGCAGAAGACAGCGUAGAAGCACAUCAUCAGCAGCAGAAGCAGCCCGAGCACCAACGGGAGCAGCAGCGGGGGCAGCAGGAGGCUUGUAGGAGUCCUCUUAGCAGCAGCAAAACGGAAGCACAGCAGCAACAGCCCCAGCAGCACGGUACCGCCGCCACCACCACAACCAACACCAGUUGCAGCAGCAGCAGCAGCAGCAGCAGCGGCGGCGGCAGCAGCAGCAGCAGCAAAAGGCAGCGUACUGAGCGCAUUAUUCUUAUGUCCCCUACCUUUAAGAGGAAGCUGCAGCUUUCUCUUGUCUUGCUGCUGCAUUCUCUGCAUGCUGCUGGUCUUGCCCAUCUUGAUUUUACCCCUGAGAACAUUCUUGUUCAUUCGUUGCUGCUCGGCUGCGCUAGUAGUAGCAGUAGUAGCAGCAGCAGCAGCAGGGGAGCAGCAGAAGGGUUUCCUCUGCAGCUACGGGCAUGCGACUUUGCUAAGGCCACGCCUCUUUUUAAUUGGUCUAAUCUUCGUCUUCCUUCUUCUUUGCUGCCGCAGCGCAGCAAAGAAAACAGCAGCAGGAAACCUGACCCCCAAUCAGAAGCAGCAGCAACAGCAACAGCAGCAGCAACAGAAGACUUACCGCCUUUUAUUAGCUGCGAGCCAACUAUAGCAAAGGGGCCUUAUAUGCCACCAGAAGCAUGGAAGGCCCUGCAUGCAGUUCGUGCCCUAGGAAUAACUCUUCCCUUUGCGCAGAUUUGCGAGCCUCUGCUGCUGACGGGUCGACCGCCUCCUCCUCUGCAGCUGCGAGUAGCAGCCCCUGCAACAGCAGCAGCAGGAUCUGCACCGUCAGCAGCAGGAGCAGUAGGAAGAAGAGGGAAAGGGGGGGUUGAUUUAUCUCUUGUAUUUUUCGAUGGAUGUAUAGAAGAAGAUCCAGAUAAAAGGUUGCUGCUUGAUCAAGUUCUGCGUCACCCAUGCACCAACUGCAGCUGCAGCCGCAGCUCUAUCAGCAGCAGUGGCAGUAGCAUCAACUGCAGCAGCAGUCGCCGUGCUACAGCUGCAGAAGCAGCUGUUGCAGCAUCAACUGUAGCAGUAGGAGAAAUGUUCCUUAGGAAGGCCUCUAAGAUCUUUGUUGUCCUUAGUGGCAUCUCCUUAGAGCAGGUUGCAGAAGCAGCAGCAGCAGCAGCAAACGACGGCAGUGCUGCUGACUCGUCUGCUGCAGUGACUGGAGGCGACACUUCAUCAUCGUCAGCUGCAGCAGCAACGGCAGCAGCAGCUGACUCGGUAGCAGCAGAACCUGCUGGUGCUGCUUCAGCAGCAGCAGCAGAACAGGCAGCAGCAGCAGCGGACUACGAAGACGACAACGCUCUUACAACGCCUCCCUUGCGUCGUAGUGUUUCAGCAGGAGGAUCGGACUUCCCGUUUGGCCAGCUGCUCGGUUCUGCUGUUGCUGCUGCUGCCAUUGCUGCUGCUGCUGCAGCUGCAGCGACCCCACAACCAGAAGCAGCAGACGGGCCCCCCGAUCCUGCUGGUCUGUCAGGGGAGCCGACCUCUGCUGCUGCGGCAGCACCAGCAGAUGCUCCUCCCGUAGAUAGAUCCGCGGAGGAUAACAGCACAUUCGAUACGCGCCUUUACCUGUCUCCGCAGCAGCAGCAGCAGCAGCAGCAGAGGAAGCAAUCAUGGAUGCCAAUAAGGGAGCAGCAUGACGUGCUGCUGCAGCAGCUGCUGCAGUACUCCGUUGCACAGGCAUGGGAUAUAUUCAGGUCUGCCCGCACUAGCGCUCUAAGAGACCUGCCUUCCUCACACUUCCUAGCCAAGCAGCAGCAGCAGCAAGGGCAAAAAGAGCAAAAAGAGCAAAAAGAGCAGAAAGAGCAAAAAAGGCAGGGAGGUCAAGGAGAGUACGAAGAGCACGAAGAGUACGAAGACCACGAUGAGUACGAAGAGCAUGAAGGGCACGACGAGCAUGGAGGGCACGACGGGCACGACGAGCAUGGAGGGCACGACGGGCACGACGAGCAUGGAGGGCACGACGGGCACGACGAGCAUGGAGGGCACGACGGGCACGACGAGUAUGAAGGGCACGACGAGUAUGAAGACCAUGAAGGGCACGACGAGUACGACGAGCAUGAAGGGCACGACGAGCAGGACAAGCACGAAGGGCGCGACGAGUAUGAAGACCAUGAAGGGCACGACGAGCACGGCGAGCACGAAGGGAACGACGAGCACGAAGGGAACGAGCACGACCAGCCCGAACAGCCCGAACCGUGCGAACAGCCCGAACAGCCCGAACAGCCUGAACAGCCCGGAGAGCACGAAGAGCAGCAAGAGCACGAAGAACAGCAGCAGGAAGGGGAAGCCUCAGAAGGGGACGAUGACGUAGAGGGAGAGGAGGAGGAGCAGCAGCUAUCCGAAGAGCAACGGCAGCAGCAGCCACAGCAGCCGUUGCCAGAGCAGCAGCAACAGCAACCACAGCAGCCUCAGCCACAGCAAGAGCAGCCACAGCAGCCUCUGCCACCACAGCAGCAGGAGCAUCCACAACAGCCGCUGCCACAGCAGCACCAGGAGCAGCAACAGCAGCCGCUGCCACAGCAGCAGGAGCAGCCACAGCAGCCGCCGCCACCGCAGCAGCAGCAGCAAGAAGUGGAACAGUAG